ACACAAUGUGGCGGAAAAGAGGCGCUUAAACUUCAUUGCACUGCGCACGGAGCGCAGACCGCUUGUCAGCCUCUUGCCGGGAUUCUACGCAAAUGACGCAUGUGACGUUGGUGAAUGACUCGCCUUUCGUGCGUUGACGUAAACGUAAAGCAGACGGGGGAGUUUUUUUUUUUUCGUACCGAGCGGAGAGGAGAUGCACACGGCACUCGAGUGAGUGCACGUUUCAGAAGAGUUGAAAACCCCCCUCAUACAGAAGCAUCAGGACUGGGGGCCAAGAAGGAGGAAACAUAUUACGGGGACCAGAAGUGAGGGGACAAUGCGAGUCCAGGUGCACACCAAGUUCUGUUUCCUGUGUGUGCUCACCUUCCUCUUCCAUCAGUGCAACCACUGCCAUGGAGAAGGGCACAGCCAUCAACCCGGUGCAGGCGACCACAACCACACCCACAGCGACCUGCAGAUUUCUGAGGCUCCGUACGUGAGAGGUGCAACUCUGUCUGGGGAGUCCAAGAGUCCUCAAGGGCACUCUCUAGAGGAGGAGCAGCGCUUCUACAUCCAGCAACUGUUCAGGCGCUAUGGCCAGAAAGGCCGGCUAGAUUUCCAGGGAUUUCAGAGUCUGCUGUUCAGCUUAGGUCUGGGUGAAGUUAAGGUGGUAGGUGUUGAUCAUGAAGAUCUGGGCCAUGACCAUGUAGCUCAUCUCGACCUAGUUGAUAUACAGGAAGGCCUUCAUUCACAUACAUCCACCAAUGAAGGCCAUAGCCAUGGUCACAAGCAUGGUCAUGGUCAUCCACACCACAAGCCAGCCUCCCAACAUCCACACACAGAACAAGUUCCCACACGGUGCAGCCAGCAGACUACUGCUGCCAGUCCAGCUGGCGGUGCACCUAAAGGACAUGACCAUAAACAUGAUCAUGGACAUGGUGCAGCACACGAUCAUGAUCAUGAUCACACACAUGACAAAGAGCACAAACAUGAGCAGGUACAGGUGCACUCGAACCACGAGGACCUGUCUGCUAAAACUCACAACGAUCACGACCACAGUGAUCAUGACCACAGUGAUCACGACCACAGUGGUCACAACAACAGUGAUCACAUCCACGAAGUGCAGACAGGCACAGACAUUCCCCCCAUCAGCCAGGAGCAGCUUCCCUCUCCACAGUCCGUGCCGUCCCAGGUCCCACAGUCCUCUCCUGCCACCACAGAAAGCCGGCCCAAGAAGCCGAAAAAGCCAGCCAGAGUCAGAGGACAGAGAGGGCAAAACAAAACCCCUUCUCCUCCCACACCUCUGUCUGAUGAAGGUGACCAUCAGUCCGAACACAACAAUCACCAUCACAGCCAUGGUCACAGUCACGAUCACGGUCACGAUCACGGUCACGGUCAUUCUCAUAAAGACAAGAGAGAAGCACCAGGAGAACCUGCCUCCACCACUUUACCGGCAAAUGCCUUGUCUGGCCAUCCAGGAGGAUUGUCUCAUCAGCACGAGGAGUGUUUGAACCUCACUCAGCUCCUCACCUACUACGGCCUGAAUCCCGACUCGCUCAUCUCCCCCAGCCAGUUCACAUACCUGUGUCCUGCCCUGCUCUACCAGAUAGAUAGUCGUGUCUGCAUCCGCCAUUACCACCAGAUGGAUGUGGAGCAGGAAGCCUUGCAGCCUGUGAGUCCCGUGUGGGUGUGGCUGUGGGGUUUUGUGUCCAUCACCAUCAUCAGCCUGCUGUCUCUGCUGGGCGUGGUGCUCGUACCCAUACUCAACCAAUCCUGUUUCAAAUUUCUGCUCACCUUCCUGGUGGCGCUGGCAGUGGGCACGCUCAGUGGCGACGCUCUCCUUCAUCUGCUGCCUCAUUCUCAAGGGCAGCACGACCACAGCGAGCCUGGGACUGCCCAUGACACCGAUCUGGUAACAGGCUUUGAUGGAGUGUGGAAGGGCCUAACAGCGCUGGCCGGCAUCUACCUCCUCUUCAUCAUCGAACACUGUAUCGGCAUGUUUAAGCACUACAAAGACCACGCGGCCAUGAAGAAGUCGAGCGAGGAGGGCAAGAUUGGCAGGAAGUUGUCAGAUCACAAAUUAAAUCGUCGCUCAGACGCAGAGUGGCUGCACCUGAAGCCCCUCAACGAAGACCCAGACAGCACCGCCAUCUCCUGCGACAACAGCCACAACGACACACAGCUCACAGAGCUCCAGCCGCCCGACUCGCCUAACAACAGGACGCCGCUGACGCCCACAAACCCCCAGCAAGAACACCAGUCGCCCACCAAAGAGAAUGGACGCAAGGUCAAGCACGGUCACGGACACUCACACGGCCACGGUCACUCUCACGGUGGGAACUGUCACUCAGACCAGGAGAUGAAGGACGCUGGGAUCGCCAGCAUCGCCUGGAUGGUCAUCAUGGGCGACGGCAUGCAUAACUUCAGCGACGGCCUGGCUAUAGGCGCAGCGUUCAGUGCAAACCUGACAGGAGGCAUCAGCACAUCAGUGGCUGUUUUCUGCCACGAGUUACCUCAUGAACUGGGUGACUUUGCGGUGCUGCUGAAAGCCGGGAUGACGGUGAAGCAGGCCAUUGUCUACAAUCUGCUGUCCGCCCUCAUGGCCUACGUUGGCAUGGUGAUUGGCACAGCUGUGGGCCAGUACACACACAGUCUCACUAGCUGGAUCUUCGCCAUCACAGCUGGCAUGUUCCUUUAUGUGGCUCUGGUGGAUAUGCUGCCAGAAAUGCUUCACGGGGACAGCGAGGACCACAAGCGCUGCCAGCUGGGACACUUUAUCCUGCAGAACCUGGGCAUGCUGACCGGGUUCGGCAUCAUGCUGCUCAUCGCUAUCUUCGAAGACCAAAUUGUUUUCGAUUUUGGCUUUUAGUCGAGAAGAGAGGGUGUCGUUGGGGGAGGGCGGGGUUCUAGGAAGCGAGGGAGGGGAUGUAUCAAUAUUGUUCUUCUUGGCCUUAACAUGCUUUGUUUGCGAUGUAACGGCCCAGUCUUGCAUGCAAUGUGAGUCUCGUUCAUGGCCCGUGCCUCCAUUCCAAACAAGCUGCGGUAGCUUAUGCAUAUCUCAUGACUCUGCCGGUGAUGUUUACACUCUGCUCCUCCAUCACCUCUCCUCCGCCAGAUCUGUCUGCUCCCUGUGAUGCAAAAAAAAAAAGAUAACAAAAAAUCAAGAGGAGCGGGGCUGCACUCCAACCAGAAAACACCACCUCUGCUCUGAACCGGUGAACUCCAUCUUUAAGAAAAAAAAAAAGCGAGAGCUGUAGAUAGUGAAGGUGGUGCACGAAGCGUGUUCCUGCAGAGAGGCAGCUGUCACGGCCCAGUAGCUCUCCGCCUAUGCAUCAUCACCUGUUGUUAGUGUGUUGUCGUCGUAUCCCCCAUCCCCCUACCAUCGCCGCCACCUCGUCUCUUAUCCACUCUGUGCUGUGUCCCCGUCAUCCUUGUCACGUGCAUCUGUGGUGUGUGUUCCACCCAGCAUCCAACCAUCAACUUUUGAUGUUCACCACGCUGCGUCUCUCUGUGCCAAGCCCCGGCCACUGGAGCAACACCACAGCCGCCUACACGCACCAACACACCGUGUCCUUAAAGUGCCGGAGAGCUCCGUUUUUAAACUAGCUGCUACGUCUGAAAUCAACCGUCACCUGCGAAAAUGUGUCAACAGCUUUAAAGCUGCGGGGUCAAAGCAGGAGAAGUGUUCCCCUGAGUUUGCGUGGGAGAUUGUCGAAACGGCUCGGUGUUUUUUUUGUGCUACUUUCUCCAUGAAUUAAGUUUUAUUGUCUAAUUUGAGCUUUGGGAUUAUUAAGCCUUUGUAGUUCAUAGUGAUCGCUAACACAUCUGCCAAAUUAGAAUUCAAGUCAGUGUUUUUGUUUAGAAGCUAGAUGUCACAAAUGACAAUGUUUUAUUUUUUUUUGAGAAUCUGUAGCCAAAGGGGACGUAUUCUUGUCGGGCCUUUUUUAUAUUAUUAUCUGCCUUCAUAAGAAUCAACAGCUUCAAAAUGUGAAUUCAGAAUAACUUCAUCAAAAAGUGUUGUAGUUUACUAGAUUUAUUUUUUCAGGGCGCCUCUCUCUUACGAGCUCCUGAAAGGUGCUCAGUCCAGUCAGACCGUCCUGCGGUUGACAUGCGAUCACUGUAGGAGGUUGUGUUGUCACAUUAAUGCAGAUUUUUUUUUUAUAUUCUGUAAAUACAUGAGGUCUUUAGUGUCAGUAGCUGAGCCAAAAGUUGAUUUUGUUCCUGUUGAAUCGUUGUUAUUGUUUUUUUAAAGUACUUCUGUAAAGGAAUCAGUUCUAACCCGCUGACAAUCUGAGACAGACCACGCAACAGACACGACUCUUUGAUCGCAGCAGAACGAUGUGCGCUUUCAUGACCACAUUCCUUGCACUUGUAAUGGAUGUUAUCAAACCGUAGGACAUUUAUUAUUAUUAUUAUUAUUAUUAUUAUUAUUAUUAUUAUUUCGAUAUUGUUUUACGAGCAUUCCUCAUGUAUGUUUGUGAGGGUGUACAUUACAAUCACUCAGCUUACUGUGCCAAAAGUGGCCCAAGUGUGGAUUUUCAGUGCUGGGGCUUGAUACUACCCGACCCUACCCCACCCUGCUCCACCCUGCCCCACCCUGCCCACCCUACCCCUCCCUGACAUUCCAUUGGCUGUUCUGCAGCUCACAUGCUAAGCUAUCUCCCCUAGCUUCGGCUGCUGGAGCACACAGAUGAUGUGUGUGGUUUCAUUUAUCCUGUCACUGUGUGACAUCCGUCGUCUUAUGUCUUAACUGGCUGUAAGUCAUCGUCAGUCACAUUGAACUCGUGUUAUUGAUCUGACUGAAUCAUGCAUGGUACAGACAUCGCGUCGAGUGUAAAUUUGUUUUUCAUUCUUUGUACUGCAAAGUUAAAAUACUGACGACUUUUGUUACUUUUUAAAUUAACUGGGUGACAGAGAGGUUCUUUGGGGUGUAGUGUACCUGGUGUUCUUGGCCUUUUUUAAUGAAGCUUUUUACGUUUUAUUAUUUAAUCUUUUGUUCGUAUUUAAUGCUGGUGCACAUCAUUAAAACUGGAAUGUAUCUUCAUUGAACACCAAGUCAAUUAUUUUCUGUCUAUAAAAUAUACGUUUAUUCUUUUUUCAGUUUCCUACAAUAAAUGAUUUAGAUUUGUCUUUUUUGAAGCCGUAUUUUGAGUUACUGUAUUACAUGCAUCAUUAAAUCAAAACUGUUCUGUCAGAUGCUCCGUAAGUGUUAGUGACACUUUGAAGACACUAUGCCCCAAAGAACACGUUUCUUCACUGUCUAUUGGGCAAAAAUUGUCUGUAAAAAUGAAGGUCCUUGAUUGUUUUUUUGUUUUUUUUUUCAUUUUGGCUUUGUUGUCUGUAUAUUUGUUUAGUAAUCUGGAUAUAAAAUGCAAAAUGUGACAUCCUUGCUGUUUGCCUGUCUGUGCUUUUCUCCCCAUUACGAAAGGAAAAUAAACUCUGCAAAGAUCCCAGA